AUGGACACCCCGAUACUACCAUCGCACCCUUCCAGUCAACGAAGUGGAUCGACGCGUGGGGUUACAAAACGGAGAGGAGUUUCGAGAGGAGGAGGGUCGAGCAGAGGGCAAGUGAAAGGGCGAGGUGGAGUCAAAUCAAGCACGGGCCGUCCAGACAAGCCCGUGACUUCUUGUGGACCUGAUGUCGGCAAAAAGAGAGAGAGAGAGGCAAGCGGUGACAGCGGUUACUCGAGCUCUGCGAAGAGGGCCAAGGGAGGACAGUUCAAGAUGCCGUUCAGCAACAAACCGGCUCAGGCCCAAUCCAGGGAUAGUGUACUCACUCCAGACGAGUCGUUGGCUUGUGUGAUGGCCUCCAUGCAGGAGCACCCUCCCCGUCAGUCAGAAAGCCCCCAUCACCCCAGACAGUCAUCUUCAUCCGUGUCUUCUUUGGCGUCUCUAUCCAACCCAAGCCUGGUGGAAAUGUCGUCUAACAAUGCAAUGAUCGACCCCCGCCUAGGAGCUGUUGAGCAGCCAUCUGGCCAGAGCAUGGGCCCACCACCACCUUACACCCCUGGCGCUGGCAACCCAGCCAAUCGAGGGCGUACAGUGGCCCUUGGGAUGCGCCCAACAACUCGUGCACCCUUGAAGAGCACUACCACUCAUGUACCCACUGUUGUGCCGUCCUCGCGUGCACCUUCUGUCGCUCCGGGUGCGACGCGUCCGGCGGUGUCGCGUGCACCUUCUGUCGCUCCAGGAACCUUUCCUCAGCCUAUGCGAAUCCCUCGUCAGAUCACAGAUCAAAUAAGCGGACACUCAGCUGACCUGAUCAGAAUCUCAGACAACGUCCAGCGGCUCAACAGCGACGUCCACGCGGGUCAGGAAACAUCUGCAGCUAUGUUGGCCAGAAUCAGCGCACUUGAAGAGGAGCUCAAAAUAUCGAAGGAACUCAACCGGGUGAUGAAGCUGAGACUCGACACGAUGGAAGACAAACUGCAGGGGGUCAAAGAUAAUGCCGACGUCUUGAAGGAUAAGGUCCCGAAGGGAUCGGCAGAAGGAUCUGAAAACGAACUGAUGAACAGCAUCAGAAAAUGCUUCCUCAAGAAGCUCGGUCUCAAUGAGGGCACAGAAAUCCACACGAAUGUGCCAUUACCCAACGGCGAGUUCAAGAAAGACAGUCGAAUCGUUCCGAAUUUCACCAAGUCAUUCACCGCCAACAAGUCGUGGCACACCAAGAUGAUCGACUACAUCAAUGAGAACCUCUGGCAACAUGUCAACGGAGGCAAGGAUACAUUGGCCGGCAAGUCCAAAAGUGAUUACACGAAGAAGUUGGGGUGUUCGUUCCGAAACUGGAAGAACUCAUACAUGGCUAAGCGGAAAGAAGGGGUUGCCGAGGGUCAGGUGGACGAGCAAGAGGAGUGGCUGCGAACACAGGAAAGUCGGCGAGGAGGUCGCAAAUGGCAGAAACGCACGAAACGGAACAAUGGCCGCAAAUAUUCCGCCAUCCUAAUGAAAUCAGACUUCGACAUCUUAGCAAGCGUUCAAAUCCACAGUGAAGAGGAAAGCAACGCACCUAGCAGCCCGCCUACUGUGCGGAACCAGAAUGGGAACAAGCGCGUUAUCGAUAGUGGCGAUGAAGGACCGGUUAAAGUGAAGCGUCAGCAAUACAAAGCAGAGGAUCCGUUGAAGGUUCGGAGGGCAACGUGGGAGUCUCAGGCGUUGAUAGCGCUCAAGAUCAAGGCGAGUCGCCUUGGUAAAUCCUCUAAAAGAAAAGGAAUUGCUCCGCAGCAUCGACUUCGUGGACAGCCACGUAAUGUCGAGCUCCCACGUCUUCCCAGCGGUAAGAAGAUCCCAGCUUGGGCUCUAUCCCAAACGUACAUCGACAACAACGAGCUUUUACCGACCGAUACAAGGAUCAAUUGGACUAAAAAUGAGUGCCCUGCCUUCUGGGAGCAAGGCGAUCCGUUUGAGGAGACGGAUACCCUUGAAAACGCUCCAGGUGUGGCCAACAACGAUGACUGGGGCGCUUACGAGGAUGUAGAGGAUGGCGAUGAGAACGAGUUGUACGCCCAGGAACAGUAUGACGAGGAGGAUCAGGAGGAAUAUCAAGGUGAAGAAGAUGACGAGGGUGAGGGCGAGGGUGAGGGCGAGCAGGAGCAGCAGGAUGAGGAUGAGGAUGAGGGCGAGGGCGAGCAGGAGCAGCAGGAUGAGGAUGAGGACGAGCAAGAAGGCGAGGACGAAGGCGAAGAGAUGUACGACGAAGAAGAACACAAUGGCAUCGGCAACGAGACCAAGGCUGAACUGGCCACGAAAGUGACUAGAAGCUCCGUAGCGCAAGGAGUGAAGCCAAAUGUGGGGAUACGAGAGUACUCGACCGUCAAACACCACCCCAUCGCCACUGAGGUCUGUGAAAGGGUGAAUAUCAGCCUCAUAUUCCCAUACCUUCCGGAGAUAGAGGUAGACAAUGUCAUAGAGAGAGGGAUCGAGUUUGGAAAGGUUUUCUUUCUUCGGGAAGGACGACAAUACGAGUCCAUCAACGUCGUCAUUUGGCUGCUUCCGUUUGCCGUUUCUGUUCCGCUGGACUUGCAGACUCUGAGUGAGAAGCUGGAUAGAGUCGUCAUCCUCGGGUGA